UAGGUCAUACAUACCCUGCUCCCCAAUCUGAGUAAUAGCCAUCAGCCACUGGAAUGGGCCUUGCAAUCUGGAGUACAUAUUGAUGAUCAUAUCGUUUCGUUUCGAUCUAACCCGCUUUUCUACUAUCUUCUUCUUUAUUCCUAUCGCAACGAUAAACCCUUCCCGACCACCUUACUGCUCCCGUGACCAGACCUGACCUGCCGUGCAACUGGAAUAAAGCGGCAUUGUCCACCUGUGAUAUAUUUCUCAAUUCCAUUACAGACCGUGCCUCCACCUUGAACUCAAACGCCACCAUGGGAUCUUACAGUGUAUCUUCGCGACAGCACAGUGCGCGGACGGGAGGAAGUUCAAGCUCCACUUACAGUGAUGCUUCCGAUCGUUCGAAAAGCACGGCCCCUACGGUCUGCAGCGAGCGGCCCACAUCAAAGCGGAGAGAGAACAUAGACCCUAAAGAUUCAGUAUCAACCUACGCCUCGACGAGCCACGACGAUGAACUACCGAAGAAGCCGCGCUAUGAAGUGGUUACUCGGGGGGCCGAGUCAGAUAUUUUCCCUUCUGAUGCGAUUCCCUCUAAUUCCUCCACUUUCGGGAAAUUGUUCCCAUCUUCGCGACGGCUUCUGAUCGGGCAUGAUGAUACGACCCUUGAUGGAAACAUGAACCUUCGCGUGCAUACCCUGGCGCCACGCAGAGAUGGCUACCAGCAGGCCGUUAUACUAUUUCAUCUCCGCAUGUACGAUUUGUACUCAAGGGAGUUUUCUUUUCGCCGCUACUGUCGUAAUUCCGAGCGCGAGGUGUGUCACUCAGCAAGAAGACCGAUAUCGUCCGGAGGCCCAAACAAGCGGCCAGGAUUCCAACGAUCAUUGAGCAGUGCAUUAGCCGGCUUACGCCCAGGCUCCAGUGGCGACCAUUCGACGCAUAGCUCCAAGCGUAAGAGGCAGGACCUGGGCCAGAAGUCGGCUAAGGAGGAGGAAGAGGACGACGACUUUGAUGUCCAGGACAGUCGCAAUCAACCCUUAGCUGAUACGGUCAUGCUGGAAUUCUCGAAUUAUGCCCACGUUGAGAUCAAAAGACGUGGUGCCGGCUUGUCUAAGCGAUAUGAAUUCGAAUAUUGGUGUACAAGAUACCAGUGGAGGCGAGAACACCGAAGAGAUGGAGACCUGCAGGAGGUGGCUUUUCAUCUGAUUGACCUGCGGACAUCCAAGACGAUCGCCCACCUGAUUCCCGAAAUCCUGACUCCAAUGGAAGCCGUGGAGGAGCAGGCUAAGGGUGGCUGGGUUCCCCCAUCCUCCAUGUGGAUCAGCGAGGACUCUGUGUAUGAGAAGAUGCCAGAUGUUGCCGAUAUGAUCGUGGUCACAGGAUUGAUGGUCUUAGUUGAUGAUUCUAUCCGUCGCAGGUGGCACUCGAGGAAACAUGGCCAGCUCAUGUUCCCCGUGCGCUCCUCACUCACCCGGAGCAUGGAGUUCAUGGGGCCUCGUCGACUUCUGAGUGAGGUGUUCCAUCGACGAGGCUCGGCAUAAGCUCGAGUAACACACAGCCCCGGGGGACGAGACCCGUGGUGGUAGCCAUGAGUAAUGACGUGUUGUUGUCAUGUCAGCCGGAAAGGGGGCAUUUGUUGUAUUCGCUUUUUAUUGAAGCCAAUAUCCGAUGAUCUUGAUGAGCUUGCAUAUGAACACAAAACUAUUCGUUUUCUUUCUUUCUUUUCUUUUCUUUUUUAUUUUUUCUCCCUUUCCUCUUUCGUCAUGUUUUGCUUCUCCUCAUUUUUCUUCCUGGAAUACUUGGUUUUGGGUUGAUAUCCCGGUGUAUUUUUGUCACAAGCAUGAUUGGGCGGCAAUGAAAACUCAAAGCGGCGUGAUUUUAACUUGUAGUGUGCAUUAUAAAGCGAAUGGGAGGUUUAUGUGAUUGGAUUUUGGGUUACCAAUCUCGCUUUGUGCAUUUCGUCUUUCUUUAUGCUUGUUCCUCUGUGGUUAACUUACUUAAACUUUGAUUCUGUUUCUCCCGAAAUAGCUAUUCUUGGAAUAUCAACAGUAUGUAUGGCCUUUUUGCAUUUGGUGGCUCCAGUCCCCU